AUGCGCGCCGUCAACUGGGUCGGGACUCUGUCCCUUCUUACCAUUCUUUUCUACUGGCUGGAUUCGAAUAUCGGUAAUUUCUACAUAUUCAAGCCGGCAAGACUACAGGAACUUGCAAAGGCGUCAAUUGACCGACACCCAACCAACGUUACGGCGUUGAUGGAGGAUUUGAACAUUGCGCUUCGAGAAGAAUACGGUAGCCAGCAUGUUGCACCUUUUACCACGAACACAGAUAAGUGGAUAUGGAGCAACCAUGGAAGCGCCAUGGGAGCAUUUACUAUUCUCCACGCAUCAGUCACUGAAUACCUGAUUUUUUACGGAACUCCUAUCUAUUCUAACGGACAUUCUGGCCUGCACUUGGCUGAUGAUUACUUUAUCAUACUCAACGGUACGGAAAAGGCAUACAGACCUGGACAGCUGGCGGCUACCACAUAUUGGCCUGGAGAUGUGAACCAUUUGCCUAGAGGACAGUCAAUCCAUUAUGCGAUGGAUGGAUGGGCAUUGGAGUUGGCGCAAGGUUGGAUUCCAAGUAUGCUUCCUUUCGGGCUGGUGGAGUCUUUUACUAGCAACCUUGACUUUGUCAAUCUAUGGAAGACAUGUUAUUUGACUGCAGAUCUGAUGGCUAGGCAGCUGGCUCACGGGAAGUUUUGA